ACAACCACACUUUCAAUGCAUCCCAAUAGUCCACACUACUAGUGUUUGCACUAAUUAACCAAUUUUUCACAACAUCAUAUAUAUCUACAUCAUGAUGAUGAAGAAGGUAUGUGCAGUGUUGGUGGUGGCACUAAUGGUUCUUGUGGAGGUGGCUCCAAUGGCUGAGGCUGUGACUUGCAACCCAACAGAGUUGAGCCCAUGUCUUGGGGCCAUCACCAGCGGCUCACCACCAUCAAGUGGAUGCUGCCAGAAGCUGAAGGCCCAGAAGCCAUGCUUAUGUAGUUACAUCAAAAACCCAGCCUUGAGGGGUUACGUUAACUCUCCUGGUGCUAGAAAGGUUGCUACUUCUUGUGGGGUUCCUUUACCUUCAUGUUAAUUCAUCAAGUUCCUUUUUCUACACAUAAAAAUAAAAAAUAUUGUUAGAAUUUUUUCGACCAAAAUUAUAAAUAAGCAUGCAUGAUGUUUCGUUAUUAGAUGAAAUAAAUUAAAAUGGUUUGUUUAACCAAUUUAAUUUAAUCAUUCAUCUAACAAUCGAUAAUCAUACAUGCUUGUUUAUUAUGUUCUGUCGAUUAAAUUCUAACAGUUUCUUGUUGUGUCCUUUGGUUUUUUUUUUCUUUAGUGUUUGAAUUUUUAAAUAAUGGGCUGGAUGAUAUUCUAAUAAGGGUAUUAUUUAGUUUUGAAGUAUUGUAUAUCGUUGCUUGUGUAACAACGAUAUAUAAUUAGCGUCUAUUUUGUUAUGUGUAACAAAACUUAAAAUAUAUUAAUGGAAUAAUUCCUUAAUCUCUA